AUGACAUCUGGUUACUCAGUACUCCAAAUGAAAGAAGAUGAUGUGCUUAAAAUCCUUGCAGCACAGCUUCAUAUUGGUUCAAAAGAUGUUGACUAUCAAAUGGACGCAUACGUAUGGAAGAAGAAGCCAAGAAAUGAAGCAGCAUCUGUAAUUAACAUUCGUAAAUUCUGGGAAAAACUUGUACUUGCUGCUCGAGCUAUUGUUGCCGUUGAAAAUUCAGCUGAUGUUUGUGCUAUUUCAUGUCAACCUCAAGGUCAACGUGCUGUGUUGAAAUUCGCCAAAUACACAGGCGCUACAGCUAUUGCUGGCCGUUUCACACCUGGUUCAUUUACCAAUCAAAUUCAGGCUGCAUUCAAAGAACCACGUCUCAUCAUUGUUACUAAUCCACAUGUUGAUCAUCAAGCUAUCAGUGAAGCUUCAUUUGUCAAUAUCCCUGUUAUUGCUUUUUGCGAUCCAUCAACAUCACUUCGAUACAUCGAUAUUGCUAUUCCAUGUAACAAUAAGGCUACCAAAUCAAUCGGUCUCAUGUGGUGGUUUUUAACACGUGAAGUACUUCGAUUACGUGGAGAAAUUAAUCGUCAAGCACCAUGGGAAGUUAUGGUUGAUUUAUUUUUCUAUCGUGAUCCGGAAGAAACUGAAAAAGAAGAGCAAGUUGGCGUUACACAAGAUCGUGACACACAACAUGCAGCAGAUUCAAAUUACUAUGAUGACGGCCCAUCAAUGAUGCCUUCAGCAGAAAAUUUUGCAGGUAAUCAAGAUAACUGGGGUGCAUCUGCUGCUGACAAUUGGACUGGUGCAACCACUGGAGGUGCUGCUGCUGUUGCGACAAACGACUGGGCUACUGGAACUCCUGCCGUCACCGCUGGUUCAAGUGCCUGGUGA